AUGCGCAGCGAAGGGGAGGAAAGCCCCGGGGUACAAGGAGAGCGACUGGUGCGGGAAGAGGGGAGUAUGAAAGGCCCCGGCUUGGGAAGCCUUCCCUUCAGUUCUCCACAACCGGAGCAGGUUUUCUUUCUUAUCAUGGGCCUGUAUCUGGGAUAUAACAUCCAUGCUCCUCUCCCACGCACCAAUGCCUCGUCCCUGGCCAACGGAUCAGAGGAAGAGAUGAUCUUCGACCCCAAAAUGGAGAGCUAUCUUUUGGACGGCGAAGAUGUGAUGUUCGUCUUCAGCGUUAACCUGGCCUUCUCCGCUUCCGGAGUUCUGUCUGGGCUUCUUCUCAUAAUGGGCCUUCAGCGGGUGAGUCCGUUUGACAUCAUCCGAAAGCCAUCUCAUGAUAAGAACGAGAAUCUGCGUUUCCUUCUCCUUCCAUGGGUCGCCAACGUGGCAGCUUACAACGUCUGGGAAGUCGCCUAUAUCGUCUUCCUCGUCGUCAUGCAGAAAUUUUAUUUCAAUCCGAUCUCGGCCGUCAUCUACACAUUGGACUUCUUCACUUUCAUGCUCAACGUGUAUGCCUUGUUGUGUGUGAUAUCCCAGUACCAGGAAUACAAAGCUGGUCGGGGUCGUCGAGAGGACGAAUGUGAUCGAACCCGGAUCCCGGUGAUUAAAUACGAUUCGCGGAGUACGUCGAAGGCGACGUAUCACUCGAGUGGGUCGACGCGCCGCACGAUGCUUACCCGAGAGAGUCGAAUGUCCCCGUCUCGUUCCACCACCUUGACUGGGGAAUACUCCUCCGCCACUGGACGGAAGAUGUCAGGCCAAGGUCAAGGUCAAGGUCAAUAUCUUGGUCAAGGUCAAAAUUCGGGACGGGAAAACAGCCUCUUGAGCCCUGACUUCGCCGUCGCCACCGCACAUCACCGCAGUCCCAGGAGGGUCCAUUACGAUGAGGAUGAGGCGUAUGAGACCCUCGUGAUACCCAAGGAUAUCAAGCAUCUGUCCGGAGAAGAGGAAGAGUUCAUGGGGGAAAGUGCAGACGAAGAGAAGAGGAAGCUAGAAGACACUGAAGAGGAAGGAGGAGGAAGGGAAGAAGGAGGAGGAAGAGAAGAAGGAGGAGGAAGAGAAGAAGGAGGAGGAAGUGAAGAAGUAGGAGAAAAUGAAGAAAGAGGAGGAAGUGAAGAAGGUCGAGGAAGUGAAGGAGGAGUAUCAUAG